UGGAACACGGGCCUUAGUGUUGGAUAGCAUGGGAAAACGUGUCGAACGCUAUAUUAUCGCUAUUUAUACCUACCUUUCAACUGAGUGCUCAAAAUGGCCAGUGUCAUCGUCAAUUAUGCCCUUGGUUUGCUACUUUGUUUAGCUGUUCUUUACAAACACGUUAGUGCAUUAGACAAGGAAAAACUCCAGCUCGACGGGGAUAUAAUUUUUGGCGGACUUUUUCCUAUGCAUGAAAAAGGCCAACAAGGUAAUAGUUGUGGUAAAAUUAAAAAGGAAAAAGGUAUACAGCGUUUAGAAGCUAUGUUGUUCGCCGUUGAUAAAAUUAAUAAAGAUGAAAAUCUGUUACCCGGCCUUGAUCUUGGUUUGCACGUGCUGGAUACCUGUAGUUCGGACACUUACGCGCUCGAACAGUGCAUGGAUUUCAUCAAGGCACAAUUGACUACUAUUGACAUCACGGACUACCAUUGUGAUAAUGGAAGUACCCCGCAAUAUACACCGGUCAAACCGGUGGCCGGAGUGAUAGGGGCAGCGUCCAGCACUGUGUCCAUCAUGGUCGCUAACAUCUUGAGGUUGUUUAAGAUUCCACAGAUAAGUUACGCCUCGACGAGCAUCGACCUAAGCGAUAAGUCCCGAUUUGAAUACUUCUCGAGGGUGGUUCCUCCCGACUCCUUCCAAGCCCAGGCGAUGGUUGAUAUCGCGAAGUCAUUCGGCUGGACCUAUGUCAGCACCCUGGCUGACGAGGGUAACUACGGCGCAAAAGGCAUAGGAGCUUUCGCUGAGAUCUCCAAACAUCACGAUAUUUGUAUUGCCCAGCGACUGUCUAUUUCUCGUGACUCUACAGACGACGAUUUCGACAACACAGUGAUGAAGUUGAUUGGAAAUGACCGAGCAAAAGCCGUAGUAAUGUUUGUCAACGAAGACAAUUCCAAGCGCCUUCUCCGGGCGUUAAUGCGCUCAAACCGAUCCGAUACUCUGUGGUUCCUAGCUAGCGAUAGCUGGGGCGCCAAGGUACAUCCGGUUUUUGGACAGGAAGUAGCGGCUGUGGAUGCCGUUACCAUUCUUCCUAAGCGACACGUUAUAGAAGAGUUCGACGAGUACUUUCUGAACCUCUCUCCCGAACACAACACCCAAAACCCGUGGUUUGCAGAAUACUGGGAGACAAUUUUCAACUGUAGCAUCAGUCGAAAAGCAAAGACUAGAAAACGGUGCUCUGGUAAGGAGAACCUAAGGAGCCUCAGUGUUGGGUACGAACAGGAGGGACUGGUACAAUUUGUUAUAGACUCUGUGUACGCCUUAGCUCACGCUCUACACGAACUACUGGCAGAUAAAUGUAAGGGACAGUACAGACACUGUAACCUGUCGGGCAAGGAAAUCCUCGCCUACAUCAGAAAUGUCACUUUCGCAGGUAUCAGUGGUGACACUGUCCGUUUCAACGAGAAGGGAGACGGUCUAGGGAAGUAUGAUAUCUACCAGUACCAGGCCAGAGAUGAUGGACGGUAUGAGUAUGUCUUGAUCGGAGAUUGGACAGACAGUCUACGACUCAACACCAGCCUAAUAAAGUGGAGUAAGGAAACGGGUGAACUUCCGAAGUCCGUGUGCAGUGACCCGUGUCCGUUCGGUUCCACCAAACUGGAAAAGGGCGAGAGCUGUUGUUGGGCUUGCAUUCAAUGUGCGGAUAAUGAAUAUCUAGAGGAUGAAUUCACAUGCACGGAAUGUGCGGAGGGAUAUCAUCCAAAUGUGAAUAAGUCCAUGUGCGUCCCACUUCCGGUAUUGCAUCUCGAAUGGGACAGUCUAUGGGUUAUACUUCCGAUUGUGUUUUCGAGUUUUGGGAUCGUGUGCACAGUGUUAGUGGUGGUUGUGUUUAUUCGUUACAAUUCCACACCUGUUAUCAUGGCUUCUGGGCGGGAGCUUUGCUAUGUUCUCCUCAUAGGCAUUUCCAUGGCUUACGGAACAUCCUUGAUCAUGCUGAUUCGGCCUUCAAUAAUCCUGUGUACUCUGCGCAGACUUGGAUUAGGGGUGUCACUCUGUCUUAUAUAUGCCGCAAUGUUGACCAAAACAAACCGGAUAUAUCGAAUUUUUAACAACGGGAUUAAAGCAAUGGUCAAGCGGCCUUCAUACACUAGUCCUAGAUCGCAGAUUUUUAUAUGUAUGAGCAUGGUGUCUGUGCAGAUCGUAGGAGGCCUCACGUGGCUCGGUUUUGAACAGCCGGACACUAUGUAUGUAUUUCAGCAAAGUACCUUUCUAGUCCUCAAGUGUCGUGCAAGCCAAAUUGCCAUCAUCGUGUCUCUGAUGUAUAACAUACUCUUAAUCAUCAUCUGUACUGUGUACGGGAUUAAAACACGCAAGAUCCCACAAAACUAUAACGAGGCAAAGUGUAUAGCAUUUACUAUGUACAGCACUUGCAUCGUUUGGCUUGCCUUCAUCCCCAUCUACUUUGGGGCAAGUAGUGACUUCAAGAUUGAAGUUACCUCCCUUUGUAUGUGUGUUAGCAUUAGUGCCACAGUCGCACUGGUGUGCUUGUUUGCACCGAAAAUGUACAUAGUGUUGCUCCAGCCCCAUAAGAACGUCCGUAAGGGGGCGUCCUGUGCCAGCAACAAACCUUCAAUGUCAUCACGCCCCUGUUAUGACCGCCAAAAUUCAUUCGGAAGCUUUCCACUUCCACUUCCGAAUGGUGGGAUGUUUACCAACCCGGUUCCGGUGGCUCCUCCAAACACGCAAAUGACGCAGACAACCUUCAAUGAUGUAUUCAACGAUAGCUUCGAUGAUUUAUCAUGUGAUGAAAUAACAGCGAUGAAUAACAAUGAAGAACAACAAAUGGAAGCGGAUAUUUAAUAAAAGGUGUCAGAACCUAUAUCUAGUCAUCACUAUCAUUGUUCCUUGGAUAUCGUCAAAUUCCUCAAGUAGUCAUUUUGUAUAUAACGCUUUAUUGUCGUCUGUAUUGACCCUUGUUGUCUUUAUCAUACACAUACUGAACUCCCCGUUAACUUGAACAUUGUGUAGGAAAUUAAAAAGAAACUUGAAAAUGCGUGCGUGUCUGGUGCACUGAAUGUGGUAUCUCUGAUGUCUUAUUGUAUAUUGAUGUGGCGAGUUGUUACCGAUAUCUCCUAAAUAAACAGUAGCUAGCAUGUGUUGACCACUAUUUUGUUUGUAAUAUUUAAGUUUCUAAAAACUGUUACAAUGUUACUGUGUGGUAACCUGAUAUUACGUGAACGUAAGUUUAUAUGGCUGAGCAAACCUAUGUUGAUGUUUUUACUCGAGAUAUCUCACAGUGACACUGUUACCGGUUAAUUCGAAGAAGUAUUUUCUAUUUUUGUAAUAUGCAUUAUUUAACUUUGUUUCAUUAUAAUCAUAAAAAAACCUUAAGUAACAUGAGUAACACUCGUGACUUAGUGUUCGACUGGUGUACUAUACAUGAGUAUGGUAAGGUGUGUACGAAAGUGUAGUUACGAUGUUUCGUGUGUUAGUGGGACAACACUGUUUAUAACAGUUACACUUUAAACGAUAUCAUCAUCUUGCAUUGUACGAACGUGUUUUUAAGUUCCCAACGAAGACAUUGUUGAUGUGUUAGAUUGAUAUUUUUAGUUAUGAAAUUUGAGAGAGAAAAAAACCUGCUAAACGUUUAUCUCGUGAAGCAAACUGCGCUAUCACAUGUAUGUUAUUGAUUGUUUGACGCAUGAAAUAUAUUGUCUUGUAUAAUUCUUGAAAUAAAAGGAGUGAGUAAGUGUAUCAAUUACAGGCAACUCACACAAAUGUGAGUGUUCUUAACAUACAUUGCAUAUCAAACGUUCAAACCAUUCCCUACGACACCAUUUGUAUCCAUAAUGCAUUGUCUUGAGUGUCAAAAGGCAGAAAAAAACUUAAGUUAUCAGCCUGACUGCAUGAAUACCCCGUUGUACGGUCAAACGCUAAUUUGCUGUGUAAUUGAUGACAAAAUAUUAAUAUGUAUUCACCAAAGGUUCGUUUGAUUGACAUGCUAUCCAUUCAUUAUCUAAAUAUGUAUGUGUCUAAUGUUUUAUCGUGGCAUUGAAGAGUGAUACUUAUGAGUAACUUGCUGUUAUUUCCGCUGGCAAAAACAUUUUUCAAAACCAUUUUCACUAGGAAUUCUUAACCUCCAGGGAUUAGUCCUAGGAUAAUGGAUUCCUCAUAUCAACUUCAAAUAAGAAUAGUCAUGUUAGAUAACCAUGUUAUAAUGACCAAAACACAAUCAAUUUCCGUUGUAAAAAACAUAAUAAUGUUGUAUACAUGUUUAUUUUUCUCUUUUCUUUAGCUUCACUACAUGUUGACGAUUUUGAUAAUUGUGUCCAGCAAAUUGUGUAUAUAAUCACUUUCUAUGUGUAUCAGUAGAAAUUACAGUUAGCAUAUGUCAUAUUGCACAAAAUGUUUUCGAUUAUCAAAAAGGUUACACUUGCUGAUAUAAGUGAUAAAUGCUGUAUCUUAUUGUAUUUUAGUGAGAAUCAAUUCAGUGUUGUGAUGCAUGAUCCAUGUAAUAUAUGCGUGUAUAUAUAUAUAUAUAUAUAUAUGUGUGUAUCAACAAAUACUGUGAAGUCAUUGACACUGUGACGUC